GGACGACCAAAAUCCCCAACUCUCCUUCUCAUCACUGCCCAGGAAAAAUCGCAUCAAAAUGGUAGUCAAAGUGUAUAUCAGUGGAAUGUCCGGCAACAAAGAGGUGAAGAAACGCCAGCAGCGGGUCACGAUGAUCAUGGAAAGCAAGCACAUAGAAUACACCGUCAUCGACAUCACAGAGCCGGGCCAGGAGGCGGAAAAGGACUUUAUGCAGACGAACGCCCAACACAAAGGAUGCACGAUCAGUGAUCCGAACCCGCGGCACGCCCUACCCCCGCAACUGUUCAACGACACCGAGUACUGCGGUGACUACGACGACUUCGACAUGGCCAACGAGGUGGACAAUCUGGAGGUGUUUCUGAAGCUGGCGGCACCGGCGGCACCCGAGCCGGAGCAUAAAAACGGCGACGAAUCUGCCCCACCUGCCACCGCCGCCGAUGACGAUGAGGACGAGAACAAAGAAAACAAGACUGAAGACAACGGUGCUGCCGGUGAUGCUGCUGGUGCGGAGACGACCGAGGACACGAAUGAGACGGCAAAGGAUCCUCCGGAAGAGACCGGAGACGAGAUGAAAGCUGAUAAGGAAGUCCCCGUUGAAGAAACGACUGCUGUUACAGGAGACGAAAAAGGUGUUCUUUUGGAGAAUCGAGAAGAGAACGACGAGGUGCAAGACGAGCCUACGAGGGAGGUAGAAAGCAGCGAACCACAAGUGGAAGAACCGGAAGUAAAAGUUGAAACGAUGGAGCAUUCGAGUGAAGAAGUAGUCUCGCAAGAUGUAGAAGUGACAUCGAACCAGCAAGAGGACAAAUCGAAGUACGAAUCAGAUGAAUCGAGCGAUGAAGCACCUGUAAGUCAAGAAUCUGUUGAAGUAAAGACAAAUGAAGAAACUGUUGUACAAAGCGAAGAUGAUCGUAAAGUUUCUGAAGAUACAAAGGCAGAUGAACAGCAAGAAGCUGUAAUGGAACAUGAGGAGAGUAAUGAAGAAGCUGUGGAUCCUGAUCCCGAAACAGUGGAAGAAACGAUCACGAACAACGGGCAGCAUGAAGAGCUUAAGGAGGAGGCCGCUACGAAUGAUGGAGAAAUGGCCACAACAGAAGACAUUGAAGAACCGGCGACAAACAUCGUCCUGAAAAGUGAGGUUAAUCAAACUAUACCUUCAAGUAAUCAGGAGCCCGUGAAUCGAUUCGAUGAGAUGGAAGUCGAGCAGAACAUUCAAGCGGAUGAAGAAGAAUCGUCUUCAGAUAGUGAAGAGAGCUCGGAAGUUGAUAGCCAAAUAGAAAACCCCACUAUGGAAAGCCCUCGAAAGGAAGAAUUAUCCUCGGAGUCUCGAUCUACUACCGGCGAAGUUAAGGAACCGGCGGCAAUGGAAGCGGAUGCGGAGGAUGAGGAACUCCGACGUGCUUCCGCAGCACUGGCGGGCAAGAGUGAGGACGCUGUAGAGCAGAUCGGGAUGGAUGAGGCGGAAGAGGAGGAGGAGGAGGCAGACGAUGAAGGACUGGUGGAAGUUGCCAAAGAGGACGAAAUCUCCAGCAAACUGGUUGACGCUGACGAUCCCAUGAUGGCCGAACAGGAGCAGGAAGAAUGAAUCCAACCGACAAUCCUUUAAACAACCUAAAAAU